AUGAGUAGUGACAAAAGUGACAACAUUUCCAAUAGUUCAAUUGAGAGAAAUAACAACACUUUCAUGAACGAAAGACAAUCAGCUCAUCAGCAAGGAUUAGCUGGAAACGAUAAUUCUUCUAUUAAUUCUGUCUAUGCUGAAGAAGACCACCAAGCUUUACAAGCUAAUAAAAUGGAUUUGAGCCAGCAUGAGAAGCACCAAGAGCCAACAAUCCAACAAUUGACACCAUCACAACAUGUUUCGUUCUUCAGCAAGGAGUAUAAACCACACAGAAUGCAAAUACAUAAACGGUUUGCAUUGAUCAACUUGUUGAUGGCUACAUUGAUCUUAACUGCUCUUGCCAUCUACUGGGGUGCAUUUUACGAGAUUUCCGACAAAAUUAAAGAUUUGAAAAUUUUGGUAGUUAUUGGUGAUGAAAACACUAUUGAUGGAGUCCUGCCAGUAUUUGGAAAUGCCAUGGAGGAGAUAUUACAGCGCCCACAAGCAAAAGCAAGUGGA